CAGAGUUAAAGUGCAAAUGAAGAACGUAGCUCAACACGUAUAUCUCCCACUGCUUAGAAAAAGAGUCCGAUUGCGGACGAGGGAUCGAUAUUACAGCAAGAUUUAAAAGUUAGAAGCGAGAAAAAUUGGAAUCUGAAGAUUCCAAUGGAGUUCAGACCUCGGGAUUACAGUGCUGAAGCAGAGCUGUUUUUGCUUCAUCGCAAGCGAGCAGAAACUCAUCCUCUUUCUCUUUUAUCUUCGAAGCAGGGGAAUAAGAUUGCCAAUGAUGAAAUUGUCAAAUAUGAUGAUCCACUGAGAGCGUCAGAUGAUAAUGCAACAACUUCAGGCGCCCAUUUGGAAGAUAUAGAAAGUUCUCCUGCCACAGGAGUGUCGUCUGAAGAAGUUGCCUCUCUACCAGCAGAAAAGGAAUGGUCCUCUUUCACAAGGUUCAUGACGCAGAGAUUUCCUGCCUCUAAAUUGGUCUCAACUACUUCAGUGUCCACUGCAAUAAUAAAAGUUGAGAAAACAUAUGAGAGAUCUUCAACUGGCAUGCAUUCGGAGGAACUUGACAAUCCUCAAAACGUUACAGAAAAUGAAGUAAAGGUCAUUACACGACAAGAUUAUAUCUAUUGCUUGCGUGAAUUCAAAGAUGACUUAGUUCGUGCUUGGAAUGCAAAUGAUCGUGUGACGUGCUUGAAGAUAUCUGUGAAGGUUGCUAAGCUUCUGAAGGAUACGUCUGUUUUGCAAUUUUAUCCCACACUUUUUGUUCUAGUCACGGAUAUUAUGGAUAUGCUUGGAAAUUUUGUGUGGGAUCGCAUCAAGAGAAAAGCUGAGUUCACUGAAGAUGGGGUCAAAUUUUGCUCCUUGCCAGAGAACUUCAAACUAAAGGACAUUUGUGAAAGUGCGAAGGAAACUUGUCAUAACUGGUUUUGCAAAAUUGGUGCCAUUCAAGAACUUCUUCCACGCAUUUAUUUGGAGUUAGCAUUAUUGCCUUGUUGGCGAUUCUUGUGUGAUCAACCUGUAGUUGUCAUACAGCGCUUGGUAAUGAUGGCUAGAGGAUUAGCUGAUCCAUUGGCAUCUGCAUACUGUCGUUUGUACAUGACUCAUUGUGCACUGAAGUUGCCUUCGUGUGAUGUAGGAUUGCUAGUCUCAUGUAUCAAUGACACGAAUGCUCAAUUGAAACAUUUCAUACCAGCAAAAGAAACCAAAACUGGAAAUUCGACAGAUAACAAAGUGUUGCUUGUUGGUUUGAUGGAACCAGCAAUCGAGUAUACUGUAAAAUGCAUAUUUAAGGAUGUCUCUCAGAGACAAUUAGACGAAACACUUCAAGUGUUUGGACUGGGAAGGAAUAUGGAUAAUUCACAGUGUGCCUCAAUUGUUCUCCAUCACGUACUAAAGGAACUUCCAGUUGAAGUAGUAAGCUCGAAUGCUGUUGAAUUUCUCCAACUCAUUGAACGCAGCAAUGAUUCAUCCUUCCAUCAGUUCUUGAAUUACAGGUUACUCGGGCUUAGGCUUUGUGAAAGGAGACCUCCUGUGGACAUUGUUGAUGCUGUAAUGAAUAAUAUACUUAAGGUUAUUGCGCAAAAUGAGAGCCUGGAUGAGUAUCUCACAGUCAUUGAUGCCUAUUUGGAUAUUGUUCUUCAAAAUAAUUUGGAUAGCUCUGUAAGAACGAUUUUAGAAGCUAUUUCACAGCAAACACGUAAUAGAGUGAUAGAUGAGAAUGGACUCCUCAGUUUGCAGUCAAUUAUAGGGAAGCUUCUCUCUCGCUACCAGCACUUGGAAGAUGUAUUUGCUCUGAGCCAUUUUCUGGAGAUUCUGGACUUGCUUGUUGGGAGACCAAGGAACAUUAUCACCAUUUAUAUUCUUAAAAUGGCAACUAGGAACUCAUAUAUACGUGAUCCAGCAACCAUAGAAUUGCUUUUUGAAAUCUCUCAGGCUCUUAAUGAUAGCUCUGAUUUUGCCAACGUGAAAGGCGAUGAUAGCCAACCAGCACAUUUGCUUUCUCGUUUUGUCCAACUGGUGGACUUUGGGAUAGAGAGAGAGCGCCAUUUAGCAUUCCUAGUUGAGUGUCGCGGAGCAUUUGGUACCAUAGAGGAGCUUCAGGAAACUCUCGUGCAUUCUAGCAAUGGUUUAGCAGUUAAGGCUUUAAAAGAUGCAAACAAACAUGUCAAUUUUGUCAAAUCCUGCAUAGCAUUUUCUGAAGUCACAUUACCCUCAAUAUCAGCUCAGAUUAAGCAGUUCAAUCUUUACCUUGAGACUGCAGAGGUCGCCUUGUUAGGUGGUCUAAUUUCGCAUUCAGAUCAACUAAUAGAUUCAGCAAUCAGCUGUUUGCACAAUAUGGACAUUAAGGACGGCUCUCGUGCAGCAGCUGAUGCUGAUCUUUUACUCUCCUCAAUUCAAAAAUUAUGCAGCCUCUUAGUUAUGAUCCCUGGUAAUCCUGGUCAUGAAAGUACCUACUUCCCGAAGAUUUUAAUAUCAUUUGUAAAUGAUAUACCAUGGAUGACUCCAAGAAUGAGGACAAGGAUUUUAUGUGCGAUACUUCCGUUGUUGGCAACAUGUUCCCAAAAUAGGCUCCCGUAUCAUGCUGAUAAUGGAGUGUUUUGGGGUUCGAACAAUGUCUUCCUUGGUGACUCGGCCUAUUUGCAUGAACUUGUCUCUUUGUCAGAGCAUAUUGUUCAGAUUUUGGUCGAUGCUAUUCAGCAAGAGUCUUCUUCGGCUAUGCGUGGAAUAAUGGCACUUGAAGCUUGUAAUUCCAUUCUAUCGUCUUUCACAAUAAGAGAUGAAACUUAUGCAAUAUGCUCCAAAUUGAUGGAGACUGCUAAAUUGUAUAUGAGUGACAGCAACAAAUAUUUGCAAUCAACCUUCCAUCUCCUAGAGGAAAAGUCACAAUUUUUAGUGAGAUGCUGAUGGCAACAUUUGGUAAAUUUGAUAAUUGACCUGGAAAUUUGGCUGUUCAGAUUUCUCAGAUUGUAAAUGGAAUACAAAAGUUUUUUUUUUCUCUCUCUAGAACACAAAAGAGUUGGUGUUGUGGUGCUUAGUAAACAUUGACUUCGAAUGCUAAGUAUGGAGAGAUAAAAGAUGAAUUUUGCCUUGGCUAUUAAA